AGGAGUCGUCGGCCGCGACAGAAUGAUGGGCCUCACCGCAAAAGGACCAAAGCCAACAGCACAGCGAACAGGCCAACCGCAAAGGAAGCGGCAGCCGAUAGGGUCGAACAGAUGCACCUGCCACUGGAGCUCAUCACCAAGAUCUUCCACUAUGCCGAGCGAAAGAGCCGUCUUCAAAUGCUUCUCGCCUGCAGAACUUGGCACAGCAUGUUCGUCAAACCACUCUACUCUCGGAUCUCCUUCCACCACCCCUCUCAAUUCGACGUGCUUUUCGCUACGCUGUGCAAGCACUCUGAGCGUCUCCAGUGGAUCAAGGAGUUCAUAUUGAUUGCUGCAACCGCCACGGUGACGGAAGACUGGACUCAACCCAUGUGUAUGAAACUCGUAUCAAUACUCACCAUCGCCCACCCUGAGUGCGUCGAACUCACCUUCAACGGCGUGACCACGGUCUACAUCCCCGAAGUGUGCCACUAUCCAAGUCGCUACAUCUGUGGUUUCGAACGAGGCCGACUCUCUUUCUUCUGUCUGGACUCACAAGACCCCCUCAGUCCCGAGGUCCUUGCUCUUGCCGAAAACCUCCGCUGGAUCUAUGCGCCCGAGACGACAACCCUUGUCCAUAUGACAGCCAUGUGGACCACGGUUUUGGAGGGUUCACUCAGCUGCAGACACUACAUCUGGAACAUUGUACAUUGUACAUUUGAAGCCUAUCAGUGGGCACAGAUACCUACCCUAACGCGCGUCUGCCUCCGAAUGCGGCAUAAACGUGUCACGAUCCAUAUCACCGACCUCCCCGAAUCCAUCCUUACCCUCGAAGUCAGUUUCGGCCACUUCAUGUUGAAGCUCCCAACAUGGUAUGUGUGGAACCCCGCACGUGUGAUCCGAUACGCGCCAGGUCGGAGGAGAUACAGAACAGAAGCGAGGUGGACGGAGGAGUUGGCAGGCUACCAUGGCGGCGGAACGUUGGAACUCAUGGUCAGGGAGAACACGGGCGCGGAACAUAUGCAGGGCGUCGAAAUAUUCAAAAACGAGGCUGUCGCCAGUGGGAAAUUUGAUUCGGUCCGAUGCACGCCGAUAAUGGAGGAGUGGGAGGCAACAUUCGCAGAUGUACAAUCGUUGUAGAGGUAUACUCACCGCUCUGCUUUCACCGUAGCCGAUGGUUUCAGGGGAUUAUCAAUGCGAACAUCAACCCUUUGAAUUGCAAUCUGGA